UUGAGACUGUUGUUAAAGCGCAAUGGCUGAAAUUCAUAAGCUUGAAGUUGAAUAUAAAGUCAAGUGCUCUGCAGAUAAGUUUUACGCUUUGAUGACUCGUGAUAUACACAAGCUUCCGAAAUAUGCUCCUAAAACGAUCCACAAUAUCCAAGUUCUUCCAGGACACUGUGAAGUUGGUGUGGGAAGUAUUGUUGUUUGGGACUAUGUACAGAGAGUACAGGGAGAUAAACCCACUGCCGUCAUGGCGAAAGUGAAGAUAACUGCGAUGGACCAUACAAACUUGUCACUUACUAACACAGUUCUGGAAGGAGAUCUCAGAAAUUGCUACACAAGUUUUGCUAUCAACCUUGCUAUCACUCCAAUACAGAGGGAUGGAAACUAUAAAAGCCUUGUGAAGUGGUCUGUACAAUAUCAGAAAGCAAAUAAAGAUGUCCCGGAUCCAACAUACUUUAUGAAAGUGCUGGAAGUUUUUACCAAGGAAUUGGAGGCCAAUUUGCUCAAGGAAGAGUAGACAAGUUUGAUCUACCUAGACUAUAUAUAUGUGCGUCUACACUACAUGUUGGGCUUGAUGUUUAAAUGUAUUAGACAUCUAAAUAAAGUUGUAAUAUGGAUGUAUAUAUAUAUGAUAUAUCUUACUUUAGUA